AUGUUAAGCAUCUGUCCGAAUUCGUACUAUGACCUUAUACCUACUACUGACGAGUCGGUUAUUUUAAAAGAGUUAAGACCUUUACGUCCCGCUGUUUUAAAGCAUCGUCCUCAAGAUGGUUACAUUGUUAACCUGACCCUCAUUAACAAAUAUUGUGAACCUGAAUUAUAUGAUGUUGAUUAUUUUGACUCUUUUAAUAUUCAAGAUUGUUUAGAUUAUCUCGACGAGAAAGAAGAUGAUUAUUUGGUAGAGAAUCCAAACUCAAAAAUUACUUGCUCUCCAGACAGC